AUGACCAAAUCCGCAUCAGUCGCCAGGCAGCGGGUCCUUCAGUUGAGACGAAAAGCUUCGGUGAAGGAGUCCAAACCACGGCUGACUGAAUCAAUCGAUUUGCUGGGAGACCUGGCACAGGAGAUUGCUGACUGGAGCUAUCCAUUGUUGGAUGAGGAGUGGCACUGCUUUGCGGGAUACCUGCCUAGAGCAGUGCCUGAAGAACUGCGACCUCGCUUCUUCGAUCUGGUUCGGGAGGGAACAGAGUGGCUGCAGCCAACAGGGCGUUGGGGACCGCUGCCUCUGCGCACUGCCUGGAUGUGUGCUUUGCCGUGCACAUGUCGCUACCGAUAUGGUGGAGCUGAAGUCUCACCGUUGCCCUUUACGGAUUGGAUGCUGGAGAUCAUGGCCAGCUGUAUGCGGUUAUGUGGCCUUGCCAGUCAUGAGUGGCCCAACAGCUGCAACCUGAACCUUUACAUGGAUGGAGAACACUCUGUUGGUUGGCAUGCCGAUGAUGAAGCCCUGUUUCAAGGAAAACAUCAGGAUUGUCGUAUCAUCUCAUUGUCUCUGGGACAGACCAGACGGUUUGAGCUGAGAUGUGGCAAAGACUUCCAUUGUCUUGAGCUCAAGGACGGAGACCUCUGCACCAUGGAGGGAUUGACUCAGAAGUACUACAGGCACCGGGUGCCAAAAGUGCAGGGUCCAAAGAUUGGCCCAAGAAUAAAUCUGACUUGGCGCUGGAUCGUGCAGCACAGCAACCCGGUCUGCAUGGAGGCAAACUUUGCCCAAGCUGCGCCAGCGCAGGCAACACAUGGGCAGCAAAGUCCAUGGCACUGCAGCGCAGAACCCGCGGCGCAAUACCCUGGCCGCAAUUUUAACCCUGAUGCAGUUGCUCAACGCAAGAUGCAGCAGGAACAGCAACGUUUUGCGACUCUCUUGGCAAACGCCGACAGCGAGGAGGAGGCUACUGCGCUCAAGGAACGCAUGAGUGAAGAGACUAAAGUGAUGAUGGCAGAUGCAGCAAAGGCAGAGCUGCAACUGUACACUCGAUGUGCACGACGUUUAGAGCGACUUGCUAUCUUUUCUGGAGCUCAGGGACGUGAGGACAGCCGCAACCUGGUGCAGCUGGAAGGGCUCACUGUGUUGCCAAACGAAGAUGGAUCAAAUGUGCUGCCAGUCUCUGGUCCCAGUGGCGACGGAGCAGAGAGUAGUUCCGACAUUUGCUCAGAGGAUCAAGAGCCGAUGCCGGAUGAAGAGGUGAAAGUUGGAGAGUACCUCCCUUUGGAAGUUCCGGCAGAGGCAUCAUAUGGACAGAACGGCUACAGAUGGCAUGCACAGAUCGUGGCCGAUGACUUCUUCCACAAGAAACUUUGUACUGCGCCGGGCCAGUUGAAGCCAUGCAGGGCGAUGCCACAUAUCAAGCUAUCAGAGCUUUUGGAGCGUUUGGCACAAAAUGAGCGUGGCUCUUGGAUCCUUUCAGGAGAAUUGAACCAGUGGCCUGGAUUGACGAACUUGGAGUUGGUCUCUAUCACUUGCAAGGUGCGAUCGGUUGUGGCAACGAGCAUCAAAAGACUUUGGCUCCAAAAUGCAAAGCAGCAAGAUGCUCCCAGCGAUCCUGUAGCAGUUCUCACCGCUUUGCACGGGAAGAAACUUCGCUCACUCAGAGCCGUGAUUGCAGGAAGUUUGUAG